AUGCAAUUGCCGAAUUCCAAAAGCAGUCUUCCCAAGUCUUCAGAGGAAAUUGAUAAUCCUUCGAAUUUUAAUGAUCAGCGACCAAACUUACACACGAACCAAGGCACAUCUUUACCCGUUAGCCCAUCGUUGUUUUCUACCGUUGAAUUGACGUCGCAGUCAAAAAUGGAGGAAAAUAACCGUAAUUUUGAAGGAGAUGCAACGCAUUUCUCAUCUUUCCAGGAAAACACAACCUUAAACAUCAACAUGAAUGUGAGUGGGUCGUCGACGUCUGGCAUGCCAGCAGAUGUCAAUGCUAUCCACAAUAUGUUCACGUUGUUUCCGGGCUACCAGCUCUAUGGGAACGACCAUGCUGUCAAUUACCCCAUAUCACAGGCUGAGCCAGCAAGGCAAAUGAUAGAUACUAAGCCUAGUUUUGAUAUUUCGCAGGCAUUUGAGGUGGCUCCUCCUGGAUCUGGCUCAGGUUCAGCUUCCCACACAGGGCCAGCGUCUGAAUAUUACGGUUUAGGUGUAGGUGUAGGUGUUGGUGUGAAAAUCGAGCCAGCGGAGUUUCAGUGUCAUGACAACACCAAUGCUAAUGCUAAUUACAAUGCUAAUGCCGAUGCCAAUGCCAAUGCCAAUGCCAUUGCCAAUAACAGCUUUUUCUCCGGUUCCACUGAAUUUCCACCACAAUAUGAGACGGGACCGUCAAGAACUACCAACAAAACCAUACCGACACCGCCAUGUUCGAAACAAACAGCAUUGCUGCAACGCAAUCCGUCAUCAAACCCCAGGUCCAAAUCAUGGUCGGGCCGCGCGACCAAAGAAAGAUCAGGUGCCAACUCGAACUCGUCAGUGCUGCCGUUGGACAAUUUACCGUAUUUCAAAUAUGUGAAACAGGCACAGUUGUCACAGCAACCUGACGUGGUGAAACAGCAAAUCGAAAACAAGUUCCAGUGGCUGCCCCUCUCUGAGAUGACAGAGGCGAGAAAGGAUGCUAUUGUCGACGCCUUACGGAAAAAAGGUGUUAGCACGGAUACGGCAUUCGAAGUGUUUGAAUCACUAAACCAAAGCAAUAUAUCAGCAAAAUUAGAGUUGUUGGCAUUGGAGCUUGGACCCUAUUAUGCAAUGCGUGAGGGUACCAUGAAGGAGUUCGCUUUGCUAAAUGAAAAAGAUUUAGAAGGGCUUAACUCGUACAUAUGGCUCAAGCAACAUAUUAAAAGAACAGAUGAGCAGUUGAAGACUUUCCCCCGCUGUAUCAUCGCGGACUCUGUUUCCUGUACAGAAAACCCUUCUUUUGUUGUUCAAGUUCGCACUUCUUCUGGUUACAACGACUUCACAAAAGAACUCUUGAAUUCUGAUGAUAUUAACUUACUCAAACUCAGGCACAUGGUGCUUUUAAGAGAGAGCGACGAUAGAAGAAGGAAAAAUCGUUACUAUCAAUUCACGGAAAACAAAUUGAAACGGCCGCUAAACAACUUUAUGAUUUAUAGAUCAGCAGUCAUUAAAUCUCUCUCUAUUCUUCGAGUAAUAAAUCUGGCCACCAAACUUGUCAAGGAAACCAACAGCGUGUUCCAAAAUUGGAAUGAAAAACAGUGUAUUGCAGCAAUUAAAAUGGUAAUACAGCUGAGAGGUAAUUCGGACCUUAAAGACCGUAUUAAGCUUCCAGAACAAACUGUCAAUUAUAUAUCGCAGAUAAUUGACAAAACCUUAUACGAAUAUCCAAUGGCAAAUUCUGCCGGCCAAUAUGCUGUAGCAAAUACACACCAACCAAAAGAACCCAUAUACUCAAAUAACACUGUGCUAUCGCAUGUGGUAACAGAGAUGUGGAAAACUGAAGGAGAGGAGAUAAAGAAAAGAUUUGCGGCAUUCUCGAAAGUGGAGAAAGCCCAUCAUAACUCGGUCUUUCCAAAGUAUAAGUUCAUACCAGUGAAAAAAGUUUGCUUGGAUGACAACUUCGAAUGA